UGCUAGGGACAUGCGCGAUGCGCGACCCGUGCCCCUCAGCAGCGAAAACCCCCAGCGAGACCGUUUACAUAUUGUAGUUUUGUGUACGCGUGAUGCAAAAACGCACAAAAUCAGGGGGGUUUUUUUUUGGUGCGCCCUUUUUUGUAGCAUAGCAGUAGCAGAAGUAAAAAGGCAACUCAGAAGCUAAUCGGUGAGCCUUUGCGGUUAACGAAUGUGUUGAAUAGUAUAGUGCCGUAGGCCAGGGUCGUACAAAGCACGCAGGAGAUUUGGUAGAUGCACUUUUUUUUUUUUUGGUUGUUGUACAGAUACAGUUUAGUGGAACUAGCACAACACAUGACAUGUCUCGUGGGUGGCGUAUGCAAAAAAAAAGUUAAUCCAAAGUAGGAAAUAAAGGAGCGGGUGCACUUUUUGGUUCAAAAAGCAACAAUCAUACACCAUUCAACGUACGAAGUAGUGAGCAGGGGAAAAAGGUUGUUUUUUUGUUGGUACAAUUCAGUCUCAUCCAUUGCAUCCUAUCGUUCAGCAUUAGUGUGAUUCGUCAUCGAUAGCUAGCGACCAGUGUAAAUGGCAUCGGUCCCAGGUGUGAACUAGCAGCACCAAAACCCGUCUGCUGCAAACGUCUGCCCUUUACACCUGCCCGCUGGUGUGUAGUGUCCGGCCAGCAUGGAGGAAUUGCUAAUGUCGAUAGUGAAGGAGGCGACGGGCAGCAAGCUGCAAAAUCUCAAACAAGCCGCACAAAUCGCACACGAGAAACUCUCCCGCCAGCAUGGCAUGCACCGGGAUCCGUCCUACGAGCUGCGCUCCGUCUGCUUUACCGCCCUGCAGAUGGCACUGGAGACGAAGCGGCCCAAAUUCAUUACCUACGGGCUGAACGGGCUGCACCGCAUUAUACGGGACGAGCGGUUCUUCACCGGGCUGGAGCCGGAGGACGAUUCGCUGUGGCUGCCGGCGCAGCUGCUCCGCGCCACCUCCAGCCUCUCGAGCAUCGCGAACGAGGAUACCGUCGUGAACGUGCUGCGCCUGAUACUGGCGAUGGCCUGCUCGCAGACCUGCACGCUGAACGGGCGGCUGCUGAUCGAGAUGCUGUCCAAGUGCGGCGAAUGCUGGGAGAACGGGUCGCGCGCCGUCAAGGCGGCCUCGCUGGCCGCCGGCAGCCAGUGCUUGCGCACGUUCUGCGCGUUCCUGAAGGACGAGGCGGAGGAGAUUGUGCGGCUGGAUCCGACCGGCAUCAUCAGCCUCGGCAUGGCGGCCGCCGUCUACAACGAGGUGAUACCGGUGAUGCAGUGGCUGUGCAGCCGGCUGGUCGAGCCGGCGACCGGCAGCACGAAGGCGGGCGACGGCGGCACCCCUAACAGCUCGCUGUAUUUGAUGGAGUGCAUACUGACGCUGGUGGUGUCGCUGCCGUCGGACGUGCACGCGAACCCGCACUUUACCGCGUUCCUGUGGCAAAAGUUUUGCCCCACGCUGGCCGCUACGAUGGGUUCGCCCGGGCGGGUCAACAAGGACAAGAAGUUUACGUACCGCGAUGCAAUACAUCUGAUCGAGAGCGAAAACCGUGGGUUCUUUACGCGCCCUGGGCUGGAUGGGCCGCAGGCUCGCUGUAUUUAUCUGACGAGCAUCCAGCUGCUGCGAAUAGCGGGCGCCCAGGGCAGUCUUCGGCCGAUGCUGGAGGCACUGUUCCAUCGUAUGCUGCUGCUGCCGGUUCCGAGCAACCGGGCGGAACCGCUACGGUAUGCGCGCGAGAUCUUCAAGUCACCGGAGCGGUUGAUCGAUCUAGCCAUCAUCCUUUAUCCUGACAAGACGCAGAGCAGUAGUGACGAUAUGGCACUCUUCCGAUUGGUGAUAGACGCGAUGGAAGAGUGCGCUGCAGCCUGGCAUCACGGCAGUGCCUCUGUGUACGGUGCGCUAAGCUCCAGUGUGGAGUGUGUGGUGGCACUGCUCGAGAGUCUGCAGGUGCUCUCGUCCGGCAGCUACGACGAGUCGCUGAUCGGCGAUCGCAUUGCCGAGCUGGUGAACGAGCGGUACGCAGCACUGGCCGAUGCGGACUACACCGGGCCCCUCACCUAUCAAUCGAUGACGCGUUUGCCGCCGCCGUAUCGGGAUGCGGUGGCCGAGCUGCGCCAGAGCGGAUUCGAAUCGUCGUCCGAGUCGGAUGCGGACGGGCCACUGGAGCAUGGCUCAAUCGAUCCGGAGCUCGGUUCGGUCGGUUCGGGCGACACGGAGGGCCCAGAGGACGAGACGCACUCGUCCGGCGACGACGUAUCGUCCAAGGCGAGCCAGGGCAACUGGCUCUGGGCGCACAUUGACGAUUCGGGCUCGAGCGGCCGCUCGGACGGUGACUGCGACCGGCAGCAUGCGCGCGAGUUUGCCGCCGUGCUGGCCAGCGAGCUGGUGCCAUCGCUGCUUCGCCUCAAAACCUCGAUCGAGAUAGACGAGGCGGUGCAGGAGUUUGCGUCGCGCGUCUGCCAGCGCAACAGUGCGACGCGCGGCGACGGCGACUACGGCGCACUGACGGCGCUCAACGCGGACGGCAUCUAUCUUGCCACCUACUCGGCGCUCCUGCUCGCCCUGCAGCUCGUCACCGGCGGUCACUACGACGAUGACGGCGGCGGCAUUGACACGGACGGCCCAAAACCAGCCGCCAUUCCGCUCACCGAGCAGCAGUUCGUCACCUCGGUGCAGAACUCCGGCAUACUGGUGUACCUGUCGGCGGCGUGGCUCCGCGAGCUGUACCAGUGCAUACUGGCGGGCAACCCGCUGCAGGCGCUGACCGCCACCCAGCGGGCGAAAGACCCGGCGGCCAGCACCCACUGUGCCUUGCUCGAUAUGCUGCACGAUGCGGGCGGCACCGGCCCGACCCAGAUGCUGUCCGACUGGCAGCGGCUGCAGUCGGUCGUGCGGGUGCACACGGAACCGACGGCGAAGCAGCGCGCGGCCCGCAAGAUCGCACGCCGGCUGCUGACGUGCUGCUGGGAUUCGAUGGUGGCGGUGCUGACCGCUGGGCUGGGCGAGGCCGACGGGUCGCCCACCGCCCGGCUGGUGAAGCUGUCGAAAAAGACGUUGCGCGUGCGCAAGGAGACGCGCGGCUCGGGCGAAACGCUGUACGCGCUCAGCCUGGACGGGCUGCACGCGGCGGCGACGCUCAGCAACGCGCUCAGCCUGCAGCAUCUGGCAGGGAAAAUUAUCAACCUGAUCGCCUCGAACGUGUGCCAGAACGCGGGUCCCAAGAUACCGGCGAGCCACGCACUGUCGAUGGACGUGGUGCUGUCCGGUGGGUUGGAGCUCGGCUCGCACAGUGCCGACUGUUGGCUGCCGGUCUUUUCCGUCUGUCGGCACGUCACCCAGCUGGAGCACGACCUGUUCAGCUCGCAGAGCAACGCGACCAACGUGGGCAAUGCGCCGGGCGUCGGACAGUGCAAGGAGUCGUCCGAUCAGCAGUUUGGCAAGGGCGAGACACAGUCGGACCGGCUGCACCUUUCGCCGUACUCGGUCGAUGAGGAUGAGACAUGUGUCGAUGUGUACAGCUUCCUGCAGGCGCCGAACACGAACGCCAACAUCAAUGUCAUCACAAUACUGAAGGCAUACUCGGCCAACGAUGCGGUCAAUCUCACGCAGACGGAUACGGCCAAGAUGCUGUGCGCACUGUCGCACCAGGCCGACGUCCUGUUUGCGGAGGCCGCCGAGCGGCUGAGCCUGCCCGCGCUGCAGCAGUUCCUGAGGAGUUUGUGCCGGGCGUCGCGGGAGCAGCUCUAUCGCAGCACCUCGCUAAAGAAGGGCAAAAAAUCGUGGUGGCUCGGGCGGCCCUGGAAGGUGAAGAAUGAUUCGCUGCCGCUGUCGCUGCUGCUGCACCGCGUGGGCGAUGUUACGCUGAAGGUGUUCCGCGGUCCUCGCCCACUGCUGCACGUGCUCAAGGUUUGGGCGAUCACUGGGCCGCACCUGAUGGACGCCGCCUGUCACAAGGACCGAAGCAUCUCGAAGCGCGCGAUCGAGUACAUCCACGACAUCAUCACGGCGCUGCUGGUGGAGCAGACCGAGCUGCCGCACUUCCACUUCAACGAGGCGCUGCUCAAACCGUUCGAGAAUCUGCUCAGCAUGGACUCGUGCGACAUUGACGUGCAGGACCAGAUCGUCGCCUGCCUGUACGAGAUCGUGGAGGCCCAUCGCACCGAGAUACGGUCCGGUUGGCGGCCGCUGUUCGGCACGCUGCGCACGGCCCGCAACCGCCCGGUGCAUCUGUCCAACAUCAUCGACAUCUUUCGCGUGUUUCUCGAAACGGACAACAUGCUGGUGUUCGCGAACGCCGGCCUGGACUGCAUACUGUGUCUGCUGUCCUACCUGGAGAUCUCGGGCAAUGGGCCGGCGGCGGCGGCGGCUGACCACGGCCAGUACCCGGCGGCGGCGGCGGCCUCCGGGACCGACGACCUGUCGCUCACCAUGCGCUCAGGCGACUUCCUGUACGAUGCGCUCAAGUUUCUCGAGCGGUGCGCCUCCAUCCUCGACUUUAUGUACAACAUGCCGCAGUGCCCGAACCUGCACUCGACGUACAAAAUCAAGGGCAUCACCUACACGCACAUCAUCGACGCGAACAUACCGAACUCGAUGGAAAACUUUACGUUCUUCGGGCAGGAGUACCUGCAGAGCACGAACGAGCAGUGCAUGAUCAGCUACCGGUCGCUGCACAUCGACAAGGAGUCGAUACGCAAGAUCGACGAGCUUGACCGGCCGAGCGGCGUGCUCAAGGUGUGGUUCCUGCUGCUGGACGGGCUGACCAACUCGCUGAUCGUCUGCCCGAUCGCGCACCAGUCGCCGAUACUGCAGUCCAUCUUCAAGCUGUUCAAAACGCUCAUGAUCAGCCCGGGCGUCGAGUUUGGCUUCUACUGCAUCAACCAUCUGCUGAUACCGAUGAUCCAGGACUGGCUGCGGUACGUCAACAAGGCGCAGAAGAGCUGGGUGCUGAUCGAGAAGAACUUCAAGCACUGCUGCUGCAUGACCACCGAUCUGGUGGUCGACUUUCUCGCCAAAUCGCAAACGCUCGAAACGCUGGGCGACCGGGUGGUGAUUGGCAGCGAGUCGCUGCUCGGGCAGUCGACCCCGUCGCCCUCGUCCACCCGGGCGGCCACCAGAGCGGCGGGAAGCGACGGCAAGUACCGCAAAGCGCCGCACGCCGGCGACGAGCCGCCCGGUAGCAAAGCGUCCGGCACGCUGCGCCUGCCCAGCUCGGCCGUACUGGCGCUGAAGCAGCUGCUGCUGGUGCUGAUCGAGUGCUCCGCCCAGUCGCAGGAAACGAUUGCCCGGGUCGGGGUGUCCUGCAUGAAGCACGUCAUCUUCUCCGCCGGCUACCUGUUCGAGGAGGAGCAGUGGGUGAUCAUCGCGUCCGCCAUCCAUCGGGCGAGCACGGUUUCGAUGGCGCCGCUCAAGCAGCUCAUCUUCGCGUUCAACCGCAACUCGAACAGCUUCUACGGCGACUGCGCGAACGUGAAGGUGGCGGCACGGCGCGACAGCACGCCCGAGGAGCUGCAGCGCAUCCACUCGCUCGCCCAGCAGGUGUUCCUGAUGGACACGCAGCGCGACGCGCUCGGUGGCCGCAGUCUGCCCGUGCCGCAGGAGGACCGCUCCUACUCGUUUCUGCUCUACCCGCUGCAGUGCAAUGGGGCGGCACUGAGCUCGCCCGUCAGUGGCGCCGGCGGCUCCUCCCUGUCGACCGGGAUGCCGCCGUCGUACGGGCUGGCGGUCGAUUGCUACAUCAUACGCAUUCCGUACCGCAAUCUGAUCGUCGGCAUGCUGGCGAGCCAAAUGCUGCUACAGCUGAUCGCCAACAUCCUGCUGAGCGGGCUGUCGAACGUGCCGAGCGAGCUGAACACCUGCUUCUACAGCAGCGGCGCCGAGGCAGGGCCGCCGGGAGGGGCGACUCCACACAGUGGCGCCGGCGGGUCCAAAACGCUGUUCUACCUGGGGCAAAACAGCAAGGAGAUAUUGCUGCGCGCGCUGCGCCAGUUCCUGAUCGGGGCGGUCGAGUUUGACACCCGCCCCGGCCUGAAGUUCCUGAUACAGAAGGUGUCCGGCAUCGACUACGCGGCCAACCUGUACAAGCAGAUGAACUCCUCCUGGAUCAUACACUACAUGGCGCUGGUGGACAUGUACCUUAACAACGUGCGCAUCCACAGCCUCACCGCCGAGGACGUGCGCUAUCUGCUCAGCUCCUGCUGCGACCAGUACGCGGCCGGGCCGCAUCCGGCCAAGGGCGACGAGAAGUGCAUCCACUAUCUGUUCGCGCUGCGCGAUUUGUGGGAGAUGAUAGCCGACCACUUCAUACAGCACCUGGAAAGCGACCGGGAGCGCAGCCGCAAGGCGCACCUGUACGCGGAGGCGGCCGACGAGCCGCUCGAGCGUGCGGCGGAGCAUCGCGAACACGGUGGCGACCCCGGCCCUAUCCUGUACCACUAUCCCGACCAGACGGCCGACGACUGUGGCCAGCCGUCGGCGGCACUGAGGCAAAGCAACGGCACCGCUAGAAAGGCGGCCGGCGAUGGAGAAACUUUGGCAGCGGCGGCACGAAGAAGCCUCCCGCAUCCGCACCAGCCGUACUAUCUGCCCGCUGCUAACGGGCCAACGGCUGCUGGCCAGGAACCGGCCAAAGACUUUGAGCCCACCUACCAGCAGCAACCGGAGCCGCCUGCGGAACAGCCGCCGGCGCUCAGGAGCGCUACCAAGGGUGAACAUCCUGCAGAAGGCGAGCGGCAGAAGCAAACGAUACCGCCGGAGAUCGAGCAGCAGCGGGCGCUCAGCAUCCAAAAGGACGUGUCGUAUAAAACAUCCGCCUUAAGACAGCUAAUCGUCGCUUCUAUUGAGUUGAUCAAGCUUCUGCCCGGCGAGCAGUCGGAGUUUCUGCAGCUGCUGCUUACGCCCCGCAUCCGGGAAGCAUUCCAUUUCGUCGAGGAAAAGAAUCCGUUCCUCUCGCUGGACGCACAGCAUUAAUUGAGCUACCGAUUUGGGGGGAAGCCCAUUUAUAAUAACUUUACCGGGGGGAGGGGGGCAAGGAUACGCUGCUUCACUUAAGUGCUUAAGUGCAACAAAAAAAGUCAUUGGAAUUGCUACAUAUUGUGUAUAUACAUAUAACGCUCAUAUUAUUGUACGGAUUUACCAAUUCAUGUUGAUACAGUCGUGAAAUAUAUUUCUCGAUCAAGUGGA